CUUAUCAUGGAGGAUUUUUCUAACGAUAAUAUAUCGCCCAUCCCUAGUUUGCAUGCAUCCUAAUUGCCUUCAAAUGCUAAAUAAUGUUCUCCUCUUUCUUUUGAACAGACUCAUCACCAACAUCAGAGGAGUCAAACGCCAGUGAUGGGUCACGGCCAGAAAAAGGCGACACUUUGGAUGCCAGUGCCCCCACCGUGGAAGCAUUACUAAGCGAAAAAAGGAUGAUGACACACUUAUGCUGGAGGCCUUCACGGUAACGGUAUGCAGAAUUCACACACCCUGAACAGGUGAGACACCAUCAGGAAAUAGAGAUGUUUGGGAUGAGCGUCAGCAGCAAGAACCUGAUAACAUGUUUCUGCAGUCAUUUGCCAUCAUGAUGUCUGCUUUCCAGAGGCCCACUCAUCUACAUUACCCCACUCUCUCUCUCUCUCAUUAUCAUCACAGCUGUUGCAGUUAAGCUGGAGGUUAAUCGCAGCAGAAACAAACAUGAAAUGUGUGUGUUCCCUGAGGUACUAAUACACUCCGACUGUAAUAUUAUCUAACUUCAUAGCAAUGACGUGAUGCUCGGUGUCCAUGUGCACGAACCUCAAACACUAUUUUCAGUGUCGCAAAGAACAAAUAUACAAAUCAAGUCACGAUGCACUUUGCACGCACCAAUAUAAAAGCCUCUUAUCUUUCUAAGAGGAGGAACAGAAAUCAGUUUGACCUCCUGAGCUGAGAUUCAUGUAAACUGUCAACUUUGCUGCAUUAUAGAGAAACAAAAACACAUUGAAAAGCUUCUGAAUAUCCACUUUUAGGAUGACUAUCUCCAAAACAGAACUCCACCGAACAAAAAGUGACUCCAAAGAGCAAAAUGAGGUAAAGAUAAGCUGAAAAGACAGAGUGCAAGAGAAGAGGAAAAUCUCAGAAAGAGACACUUCAGUGAAGAGUAGAGGAAGCGAAGGCAGAGACAGUCGAGACAUAAAAACAUAAUUUACUGAGGGAUGAGAGGACGUGCGAGAGAGGGUAUGGAGCGAUAAACUCUGUUAAAGGAAAAGUUGAGAGGGGAUAUGAGGAGGUAUAAAGUGGGGAAAGUGAGAGAGAAAAAUGAGGAGACUGUAAAAUAGAAAGGUGGAGAGGAGGGGAGGAGCUGAAAGAGGACAUACAAGAGAGGGGAACUAAGAGAGGAAGACAUGAUAAAGGGAUGUAACAAAGGAAAGAGAGAAGAAGGGGGAGGAAGCAUAAGAGGAAAAAAGGAGAAAUAUGAGGAAAAACUGACAAGUGUGAUUGGAGACUGAAAGAAGACGAGAGAAGGAAUCAAAACCAGCUGUAAGUUCUUCUUUUUAUCAACAAGGAUUUAUCUUCCUCUCUUCUUCAGCAUGUGAAUCUGUGUUUCCUGUUUCUAGGUGAUGAAUGUUGCUCGGAUUCACGACAAACAGAAGCUCAGGUCGUUCUGGGAGCAGAGGAUCGUUCAGCACACUGAGUCAAUGGACGAGGAGGAGAACCGCAUGAGGAGCAGCUCUCUGUCACGGUCAGCAAAACACUCAAAGGAGGUCUCACUCCAUCUAAAAUCUAUCACUGUUAAGAAUCAGAUGUGCUGAUCUGGUUUAGGCACAUCCUAACUUUCGUGCAGAUGUGAGAUCUGUUUGUUAUCAGAGUAAAAAGGCAAAAGCUUGACUGAAUUCAGUUCAUUUGAGGUGAUUUUACAUAAACUUCCUCACUUCUCUGGGCUUUAUAUUCAUAAUUCUUCCAGUGUUUAACCACAGCAGGAUAUCUGUCCUUUCCCAAGAACCAAUCUACUUCCUGUGAUUUCAGUCAGAUUGUACAUGUAUUUUAAAAGUCCAGUUUUAGUCAGACUAUCUUGGGUUUUUUGAACAUCUAAACGCACUGAUAGAUAGUGUGGCAGGAGACCAAUAACUGCUGUAUAAAUUAAGGUAGUCUGAGGUGGCCAACCUAUGAGGGAUUAUUUCUUAAAUGGCAUCAAAUGUAUGAAGACAUUGAGCAAAAAGGGGUCAAUCACCAAAAUAGAUGCAUUUGUGCUUUAGGAUGUUGCUUUCCAGAGAUCUGCUAUUCAGAUUAACUUUAUAAUGACUUUGGAGGCAAAUGUACAGGUUUACAUCUUUUACCCAUAUGGCCUCUGCUUCAACUCUUAACAAAACCCGCUACUCCGCCAUCUGCCAUAUAAUGAGGAGAAACAUGACUGGAGAAAGCUGAAAAUAUGCGUGGUAAUGAGGAUAACCAGAAGCUGAAAAGUAACCGGGAUAAAGCUUCCCUCGUCUGGGUGACAGCGUCAUGGAUUUACUGUCAUGUUGUCUUUUCAAAUCGAUGAAACUGAGUGAUGUUAACACAUUCAAACCCAAAACCUCCAAGUUUUCCGAGUUUGCAAACUUUCCUCAAGUGGAUGCAGAAAUAACUUUGUGCCUUUUGAAUUAUUCAGAAAUCAUCCCAACAAAAUUCUGUCAGAUGAAUUUCACAUUUUUAAAGGAACUUUGGGAUCUGAACUCAAAUUUAGAGAAAAGUUUGAAGAAAGUCGAACAAAGAGAAUGACUUUGGGGGGUUGGUUGAUGUUCAGGAUCAGAAAACAGUUUCAACUCGGUCGGCCUGUCUCUGCCGUAUAACUUGAUUAAAUUGGAAAACGCCGUGGUCAUGUUUGCAGCUCGUCCGUCUGUCAGCAUGAGGAGCCUGAGAAUGUUGAUUAGAAGCAGCUCGACUACACAUGUAGAUCCUGGAGAUCAGCGUGAAUAUCUGCAGACAGACGAGCAGAUUAAGCACACAUGACAGAGUGUGCUGACAGACGAACUCACUAACACAGACACAAUAAUAUUAAUCCUUUCACAGCCAACACACACACACACAUGCUGCCCCUCGUAUAUAUUCUAACACAAUUAUUAGCCCUGACAGCUCAGACUGCGGAUCAACUUUCACUGGAUGUCUGCACGAUUAAUUUAAGCCCAGGAGUUACGGUGUCAGACUAAAUACUGGCCUCAGGAUGUUCUGACUAAAGAGCUCUGACUUCCCAAAACUGAAUACAGAUCGGAUUAAAUGAAAUCUGUAAAAAAAUUAUUACUUAUUUUAAACAUAUGUUACAUGUCCUCUUCAAUCCCAACACUGAAGUGGUAGAUGACUGUACAUCAUAAGUCUGGUUCUGCUUGAUGUUCCUGCCUGUUAAAGGAAGUUUUUCGGUUCCACUGUAACCUGCUAAAUGCUGUAAACUUUUUCUUACAUGCUGGAUUGAGAUGAGAUAAAAUUUUGUCUUGUUUGAAGAUGAGACUUAAUCUUAUCCUAUCUUGAUUUGGGGUCAUGUGGAAUAUGGUCUAGACAAGCUCUUUUCAUAAAUUGUCUUUGUAUUUUGUUGUGAAGUGGUGCAACUGUAUAUUAGUUAAGAUUGAUAGAUUGAUUUGUUAUUGUUGUCACUCAUCGGUUUUUGAAGAGGGCUUGUGAUGCUCAAAGAUGGUUGUAAAUGCUGCCUUCAGUUAACUUCUGGUUAAUCUGGAAGCUGGCGUUUAGGUGGCGCCGUGGUGGGCCUUUACAGCCUGUCUCAAGGGUUAGGGUACGGGUUAACCCUUUUAGGGCUAACGUCAUGGUUUUAGCUGAGGGCAAAACAAAGUGAAAGCACAAACUAACUAGCGCUUCUGGAGGGUUGUUUUGGCCUUAUGAGCAUUUGAACAGGGAACCCAAUGCAGAUUCUGGAGACAGCCUCAAGUGGGCACUUCAGGAACUACAUUUUUUCCCCACUUCUGCAUUGGCCUUAAUCUUAAAGGGAUAUUCUGACGUACAAUUAAGUUAAGGUCAAACACACCCUAACACCGAGUUAGACCCCCCUCAAGAGAUGAAUGUUGCCGACUGCUUGCUUCUCUAGUUAUACCAGCUUCAGUAACAAACGCACUCGGUGAUCAACUUGUCAGGGCUCCCCCACAAACAAGCAACUGCUGGAAGAGAGUGGGUGAGUUGUGAGUUGCCUGUAAAAGAAGAGGAAACUGAAAGAGGACAGUAAUUAUUUGUUGUACGUAAAAAGUUGUAGCAACAUAACUUACCUUAUGGAAAUUUAAAAGCUUUUGAGAACAGCCUAUUUUUGCACAUGCACACAGUUAAAAAUGUAGGACAGGAUCCCAACUCAGAAAAACUGUAGAGCUUGUUUUUCUGCAUAUCACCUCUGCGCACUCAUUUGUGUACUUCUUUAAUGUGCUGCUAAUCAGUGUCUUAAUUUUGUGCAGCCAUUGAGGGUUUCAGGCACAUUUUUAUAACUGCAGUAUUCAGCUUCAUCACCGACACUUAAAAAAAGUAUUUUUCAAUUGCUUUAAGGUGCUCAAAGAUAGAUUGGUAAAUGUGAUUCUCUGACGUCCUGCAGAUUACAAAGUUAGAAAAUCUGAUUGCACAGUGACAAAAUCAAUGUGCAGAUCUUUUGAUUUGGGAGUCUUUAAACUCACAGAUCCAGUAUCUAAAUGAAAGUCAACAAUCCUAUUUUAUCUUCUUGCAUUCAGAGCCUGAGGUUUUUCUCUUGGCCCAGCUCCUAAUUUAUCUUCCUCUUUUUCUGUCCCUUCACCGUCUCCCUCUCUCUCUCUCUCUCUGCAGGCUGAGGGAGCAGUGGCUGGUCAGAUUGGAUCAAAGGAAUCAGCACCAGAAGAGUUUUUUCGAGGAGAGAAUCAGACGAGCCCAGAAAACUCAGCAGAGCCUCGGGAGGCUUGACUCAUCCUGAAACCUGCAGAUAACUCCUCCUCCAAUCAGAUCGCAGGAGGAGAGCAGCUGUCUGGAGGCCUGCUCUGCGAAGAUGCAUCUGUAAAAUUUAAGCCUGUAACAUUUUACAUAUUUCCAUAAAGAUACAUUCAACUUUUUUGUUAUCAUUUUUAAGAAAUGAAAAAUAAAGUGAUACUAGUUCUUGACUUUUUCCUGCAAACAUCUGCAUUAAGUCUAGACGAGCCGACGUGAGAAUGGAGCAGAAUAUAUCCAGGAAAAGUAAGAACAUCAUUAUCAAUGUGCAGCUAGUGAGAACCAAGAGAUUGUCACAUAACAGGUUGAGGAUGUAAAAUCAUUUUAAGACGUGAACAGCAGAGAUUUCUGCUCACCUGUUGAUUCACACAAACUGUUGCAAGAACAGUGUAGUUGUUUCAUCUGUCACUAUGUUGUAAACUUUGCAUUGUGGCUUCUA